CCAAAUUCUGUUCCUCAUUUCUCAUGUGAAACCAGUAGAAAAUAUACUUCAAAAACAAACUUUCUCUGCAGAAUCCACUACAGAGACGGGAGAAAUAGAGAGAGAGAGAGAGAGGGAGAGAAGGACUCGAGGCUCAGUCUUGGUUUCAGAGGUCAUACUGUUCAACUCUCAAGCCUUUGAAUUGAAUUCUCAACCUCUGAUCUUUCAUAAUACUUUGUUCAACGCUCCUGAUUCUCCCUUCUCUCUCUGAUCUUCCCUCAAGAUUCUCUCAAGUUCGAAUAUGCAGGUUGUUGAUGGAACCAUUGACAAUUUCUUCAUGAUCUGGAUGUGAAAGGUUGAGAAUUGGUGAUUGGGCGGUGGUUCCAUUGAUAAUUUGAUGAUUGAUCGACACACAUAUGUCUCCCUCUUUCAAUUGGUGUCAGGCUCUGGCACCUGCUUGAGAGGGAAGAAGAAGAAUCUCUGCUGUGCCAUCGCAGUUGUUGCUGACCUUGAAAACUACAGGUUUUCUGAUGUCUCGGAAUUUCGGGAGUCCAAUGCAGACGCAGAUGGCUGUUUCAGUUUUUAAUAGUCCUUGCAAUGUAGAGUACCAUGGCGACUUAAGAGGGAAGUCUGCUGGGACAAGGCGAGUGUUUGUACAGACUGACAAUGGAUGCGUUUUGGGGAUGGAGUUGAAUAGGAAUGACAAUGCUCGCACCGUGAAGAGAAGGCUGCAGCUUGUGCUUAAUGUACCUACCGAUGAGAGCUCAUUGACAUUUGGAGAUCUUGUUCUCAAUAAUGAUCUUAGUGCCGUUCGAAAUGAUUCUCCUCUUCUUCUAACUAGGAAUGCCUUGCAUCGGAGCUCAUCAACUCCAUGUCUUUCACCUACUGGAAACGACCAACAACAAAGGGAUAAGAGUGGUCCAAUCGAGAUUUUAGGGAGCUCGAGUUCCUUCCAUAGAACAAAUGAACUUAUUAAGGAAAUUAUCAAGGCUGUCCAGAAUGGUUUUGAUCCCAUCCCUAUAAACAGCGGGCUUGGUGGUGCUUACUUUUUCAGAAACUGCAAUGGUGACAAUGUUGCUAUUGUUAAGCCAACUGAUGAGGAGCCUUUCGCACCAAACAAUCCAAAAGGCUUUGUAGGGAAAGCUCUUGGGCAGCCAGGCCUGAAACCAUCAGUGAGAGUUGGUGAAACAGGGUUUCGAGAAGUAGCUGCCUACCUUUUGGACUACAAUCACUUUGCAAAUGUGCCUCCAACUGUUCUUGUGAAAGUUACACACUCUAUCUUUAAUCUCAACGAUGCUGUGACUGGAAAUAAGCUUUGGAAGAGGAAGAAGGUUAGCAAGAUUGCAUCUCUGCAGCAGUUCAUGCCUCAUGACUUUGAUGCUGGUGACUAUGGAACCUCAAGCUUUCCAGUCGCUGCAAUACAUAGAAUUGGGAUAUUGGAUGUCAGGAUCUUUAACACUGAUAGGCAUUCUGGUAACCUUUUAGUGAGGAAACAUGACUGUGGCGGGAGAUUUGGUCAGGUGGAACUCAUUCCAAUUGAUCAUGGCCUUUGCUUGCCGGAGAGCUUGGAAGACCCAUACUUUGAGUGGAUUCAUUGGCCUCAGGCUUCAAUUCCUUUCUCUGAGGACGAGCUUGAAUAUAUAAAAAAUUUAGAUCCUGUUUGUGAUUCUGAAAUGCUUCGGACAGAGCUGCCCAUGAUUCGGGAGGGAUGUCUCAGAGUUUUGGUAGUCUGCACUGUAUUUCUUAAGGAAGCAGCUGCUUUUGGACUCUGCCUUUCUGAGAUUGGUGAGAUGAUGAGUAGAGAAUUUAGUGCUGAAGAGGAGGUACCCAGUGAGCUUGAGGUUGUAUGCCUCGAGGCUCGGAGAAUCAUAACUGAGAGGGAAUUGUUAUUCUCUGAUGAUGAUGAUGGAAGAGAGGAAGACUGUCUGUUUGAUCUAGAUUGCGAUGAUGCAGAGUUCGAGAAUGGAGACUUUCCAUCUAAACUAGAGAGUCUCGAAGAGGAUGAAUUCGAGGUGGAUGAAAAGCCAGUUGAGGCAAAGGGAAUCUCACAAUGGAACUGGCUUCAAGCAGCUCCCAAGUUGUCCCAGCCUGUAAACAAAGUUCACAUCCGUGAACGAAGCCCACCUCGCCUACCAAAAGAAAACCAACCGAUGUGUUCUUUAUCUGAGAGUGUAAGAAGUGCGAAUGACCGGCUGUCCAACACCAAGAAUUUUGUGAAGCUUUCUGAUAUGAAGGAAGAAGAAUGGAGUGUGUUUCUUGAGAAAUUUAAGGAGCUUCUUCACCCUGCCUUAACCAAGAGAAGGUGCACUACUAUUGGGUGGAGACACAGAGGCAGGCUUGGAACUUCAUGCAAGUUCUGAUAGUUUAAGCUUUUCUGUGAAUUAAAAAAACUAAGGAAGAACACAAUGUAUUACUAGUUUGCAAGAAUUAAGGGUUUGUAGAAUCAUAUUUCCUGGAAGAAGUUAGAAGACUAGUUGUCUACUGUCGCAUAAGGUGUAAAUCUUGGGAUUAAAGUUUCAGAAAUCAAGUUAAAAAUUACAGAUUUGGGUUUUGCA